AAAUUUUGUUACUGAGGGUAACACUAUAUUGACUUUUAUUUGGUAUCAUUUUGCCUCAAGUAAAUAACUAAUAUCUUUAAAACGUGAAAUCAGUUAGCCGAUCCGUGUUUUUUGAUUUCGUGGCAAAAUGUACUCUUAAAUACGUAUAUCGUACAUAUAUUAACCCAGUAAUUUAUCAAUAACUUUAAAAAUGUCUUCAAACGAGGGAGAGAUAUUGCUACAAGAAAAAUAUGGAACAUCUGCUAAGGAGAGGUAUUAUGUUAAAGCCGCAGAUCAAUUGCCAAUAGUAUUAGUAGUCAAUGAGAAGUCUCGCGACGUCGCUGGAUUAUUCGCUAAAAUAUUUCUCCCCCAAGGAUAUCCUAACAGUGUCAGCAAAGAUUACAUUUUUUACCAAAUUUGGGACACUGCUCAAGCAUUUUGCAGCACUAUUACAGGUAUACUGGCCACACAGGAAGUUUUUCGUGGGGUGGGAGUGGGAGAUACAAAUGCUUCACCAUUAGCAGCCACUGUUACUUGGGUGUUCAAAGAUGGCUGUGGGCAUAUUGGGAAAAUAUUAUUCGCUUAUACCCAUGGAACAUAUUUAGAUGCCUAUAGCAAAAAAUGGCGUCUGUAUGCAGAUACAUUAAAUGAUGCUGCCAUGUGUAUUGAAAUAGCACUACCAUUGUUCAAGAAUUAUAUUACAUUUGCUCUCUGCGUCAGCACUUGUAUGAAGGCUAUUGUCGGAGUUGCGGGGGGUGCUACCAGAGUGGCAAUGACCCAACACCAUGCUCUCCGUGGUAAUCUCGCUGAUGUAUCAGCUAAAGACUCCGCCCAAGAGACUGCUGUUAAUCUUAUAGCUUCUUUCGCUGCACUGUUCCUAAUAUCUUUGAUAGGGAAUUCGGUGACGAUAUUUAUAAUAUUAUUAAUUAUGCAUAUUGUAUUCAACUACAUGGCAGUCCGGGCAGUUUGUUUACGAACACUGAACGAACCCCGUUUCUUACAAGUAAUUGACACAUACUUGCGGAAGGAGGUAAUUGCCAACCCAUGUGAAAUAAAUCGUAACGAACCCAUUAUUUUCUAUCAACUGGGACCCAAUUUGUUAGAUUUAAAAAUAUGCGGUUUUCAUAUCAAAAUUGGCGACUCGAUAUCGAAGAUUUUAAACUCAAGAACUAAUGCAGUGUAUAUAAACAAACUAAAGGAUAUUUAUAACGAUAAGAAAUACAUAAUUCAUCCUGAUACCGGAAACAGAGUGAUGUACGUUUUUCCAAAGGAAGAUGCGUCGGUAGACGACAUGCUAUGCGCUUACUUUCAAUCUGUUUUGCUUGCGAUUAUUACUUGUGCUAUUAACGACCACCAAUUGGCUAUAUUCAGCUCCAAUAAUAACACGAAGCCAUUCGCUCAAGUGUGUGUGACACUACAAUCAGCUGAGUGGAGCCGGGCUACCGGUUCCGGGGGAGACUUUCAAUAUGAACCGUCUUAUGAUCUGCAUCGUUAUGUUAAGAAUAUAGCUAGCGAUGAAUGGACAGCCAUCAGAGAAGGUCUUUUGCAGACGGGUUGGGAUCUAAGCAAGCAUUUAUUGAUAGUAGAUGAAUGGCGAUUAUGUAGUGAAAAUGUCACUCCUGUAGCUAUACUACCUGAAGAAGUGAAGUACAAUCGCCCGAUCGCUAUACCAGAAACUCGCAAAGAAUCUUUCACGAUUGAACCGGACACAUCGGAUAGCACACUCAGCAAUAUACCAGAAGCCACAAAAUCGAAAACCGAUUUAAACUAUCGUUUAAAAAAGGAAUGACAAUAUCUGUUUCUAACUCAUAGAGUUAGAAAUUCACGUCCUAAAUGCAAGUUGUAAUAAGUUUUAUUUGCAAUACUAUUUAAUGCUAUUAAAUUAAUGCUAUUAAUUUAAUAUAUUUAAUGCUAUUUAUAAAGUAAGUAACAUGACUACAAGAUUGCAAAAUCACAUUAUAUAUGAAUUUACCAGUUUUUUAUAUUCUCGCUCAUACUAUCAUGUGUGAAGAUUUGUGAAUGAAAAAUUUGGAACGCUCUGUAUGUAAUCUGAAAUUGCAAACUUGUAAUGGUACAGGCGUGUAUAAUAUGCCGUUAAAAAUAUCGCAUGUAUAUGUAUAUGUCACACUUAUAAUAUUAUAUUCGGAGUGACGCUGGUGAUUUUAAGUCAUGAAUUAAUUAUUACAAAUAAAAGUUUCAAUACAAAUACAUAAUUUAUUACUAAUAAAUCUUAUUUAAAACCACACAGGUCUUCGUUAAAAUUCAAUUAGUUUCAAUGGACGCAAUGAUCCUUUUCAUCCUUGUGUUUUAUGCUUCCUUUUGGAUCUGCAUAAUAAUAUAGAAUUUAUUAAUUGUACUUACAUAGUUGGGUAAAUAUAAUUUCCAAAACUGUUCUUUUUUUAAAAAAAAAAUAAUAAUUAAAAAAUUACAUAAAAAUUAUGUAAUUCGCAAAGCAUUCAAGUUUAAUAAAUAUAAAGAAAAAGUCUAUUAAAAUUACUCAUAAUACAUUUCAUUAAAAUAACGCCCUUAGAAAUGCUACAUGCAUUUAACGUACAACUGUCGUACCAAUUAUAAAGACGUACAAAUAUUAUAAAGGGGUUUAUUUUAUUAUGAAAUAAACAUCAACACGGGUAAUAAAACAACAAUGUACUACAAGAUACCGAUUUAUUCUUAGUAUUGUCAAUUCAGUGUUGUCGCCUCAAUAUACGCUGAUAGAACAAUGCAUGACAUCACUCGUUGAUAAAUUAUCGUACAACUCAUACAUACAAUCAAACUACCAGACAUUUAGCUAGUUUUUUUAAUCAUACGGUGUUCCUGAUCGGUAAAGAAAAAUGUUACGAUGGAUACAUUUCAGAACUUAAAAAUCAUUGAAAUAAAUUACAUCAAUACUUUGGUAACUUGAUAUCAAAUAAUUUAACUACGUGUUUUAGAAAUGAUUUAAUAAAUAAAUUAACAAGAGAUAUGUCAGAUUUAAUCCGAUUGUUAUAUGUUAAAACAAUAUCGAACGUGAUCUAUUAUAUCUCUUGUAAAGCAUAGAUCUAUUGAAUCUAAGUACAAUGAAAACGAUUAAAUACUGAAAACUACUGAGCAUCGAAUAUUUAUUUAAUGUGUAGGCCUGAAUAUUAUGUCCACUAUGAGAACAGUAUGCACAGCAUACCGUCACAAAAUUUUACUAUGAAAAACCCUACAAUUAAUUAUCCAAAUGACCCAAAGUUAAAAAUUCUCGAUCGUAGUAUGGCAGCUAAUUGGACCGAUCACGUUUGAAA